AUGAUGCCAGGCACGGGCCGACCAACGCAAUUCCAUGGCGUCCCUUUCGAGGAGCGAGCCCCCGAUGGCAAAGGAGGCAAGCUACCCUUCGCCCUUGAGUAUCCAGCCGGUCACCCUGAUGCCCCGCGUGGUCAGAAACGCCUUGUCGAAGAGAAAGGCUCAUUCGGCAAAUCGACACGACGCAAAACUCCCUCUAGAACCAGAAGUGCAACUCCAGCAAAGAAAGAAAUCAACCCUACCUUGGACGGUUUUCUGUCAGCCUUGAACUACGACACUCAGCGAGCCAUCGAGUCCCCCCGGCAGGCGAAUGCAUCUACACGAAGCCAGAAUGAUGGCAAUGUUGCCUCACAUCAUCGGCCCUCGCACAACAAAGAGCCGACACAGAUCAUAGUGUCCGGCUUCGCGCCAAGUACACAAUGGGCGGCUAUCGAUACCUACGAGAAGAUUUCCCAUGGCCUGAUCUGCGAGGACUACGCUCGUCGACCACCUGCCGAGCUGCGAAGAUAUCCCAACACCCUCAGCUCACCUUCUGUCCACCCGAGAAAACUUACUGAUCCAGAGCGUGAGAUGGCUAGACAUUAUGCUGGAGGCGAAAGCUGGGUGCGGCUCACUUGCGAUUCAGCAGAAGCUGCGGACCGAGCUGUGGAGAUGUCACCGCAACAGGUUCAUGGACACUGGGUGUACGCCGAGCUAUACAACGGCACGCGGCCCGAAACUGACCUGCCCAUUCCAGUCCGGGAAGAACGCCAACGGCGAGGAUCCUUUGGAAGCCCAAAACCUCAACGCAGGCCUCCUCAGACACUGAGUGCCGCCUUCUCGCAGCAUGCGAUCAAUCAGCAACGUCCAACAUCUACACUUCCGAGGUCUUUCGGCAUGCCCGCUACUACACAGGCAAACAAUCAACGACCCAAUGACGUCGCAUCAUUUUCCUCCUCUACAGCAUCAUCGGCCACGGCCACUGGUCCGGAUGAUCCUGAUCUCCGCAACCGUCACCCAUCUCAGGCCGAAGACAAUAGGUCCUCUUCUACUACUCAAAAACUUACAAAUGCAUCGGUUCCAGAGUCCAAUCUUGCCAUGAUGAGAUAUUUUACCGACCGGCCACGCACCGUACUUCGUCCUGCAACUGAAGCAUUCUUGCCUCAGCCAACCUGGACCGACCGACAGGUCCAGUGGCUCAGAAGCUGGGGCGUGAUCCCUGGUGAUUUCAUUGGCAACGGACCUCAUCUAACGGAGAACGGCGACUUUGACUGGUCUAGAGCGAGUUGGUACUGGUGUUUCUGGAACUGGAUGGACACAUAUCUCAACACCAAUUUUUGCAAUCUAAAGGACGAAUAG